UUGUUUGCUGCAUCAUUGUUUAUUUCGUCUGGUAAAUUAAAUAUAAAACAUUAUGACUCCUGGGCAAAAGAAUAUGAAACCCGAGGUUUCAAUAGUUAAGAAUUGGCGGAAAAGAAUCAAGGUGGUACCUAUUUCCCGCUUUGCCUAACAUUUGGGCUAAGCGGAGAGAAUAAAGGGACAGAGAGAGAGAGAGAGGGAGGGGAGAGCGGACCUUUACCAUCUUUAGCCUUGGCAUUAUUAGAAACCACUACGUAUUAGAUCAGAGAGAAAAAAAAAUAUGGGUUUCUCACUUUUCUAUAUACUAUUCACUAUUUUAUGCUUCUUCCCAACCACCACAACCACAGCAGCCACGACCCAGAGAAAAGUAAAGACAAUGACAACAAAGACCGAGUGAUUCUGCGCCAUGACUCUUUUGCAUUAAGCAGUGGUCAUCGUGACUCGUCAAUCGUGUUCCAAGAGGAUUAUGGCAUUGCUCCUUCUUUUUCGUCGUCGGAAGACAACAACAACGGGUUGUCGUCACUGCCGGAAAAGAAAAAGGAAAAAGGGUCAACUGCUGCAUCGUCGUCAGACGGGAAAGUUAUCUAUAGGAUUAACUUUAGGAUCCUGCCCUUCUUGGCAGUAAUCAUGUUCCUUCAGCAAAUCGAUAAACAAGUGCUGAAUUAUACAGGACCAUUGGGCAUGUAUGGUAACACAGAUGUUACACUUGACCAAUUUCGUUGGCUUGGUCCGUCGCUCCAUCUAGGUACAAUGGCUAUGUUGAUACCCGCAGGGUUUUACCUGGUACACAAGUUUCGUCCGGCCAAAGUGAUGAGCAUGACGAUGGUCUUGUGGGGCAUAGUGCUUACAUGCAUGAUGGCAUGCACGAAUUUCCAGGGAUUGCUGGCAUGUCGCAUUUUAUUGGGCAUGUGUGAAGCUGCUGUCCUGCCUGCAGCUUUUAUACUCAUCAAAUCCAUCUAUCGUCGCUCGGAACAGUUGCUGUAUAUCGGCUUUUGUUAUACUGCAAUGACUGCUGCUGUGUCGUUUGGCAGUCUUUUAACUUUUGGAUUUAGUCACGUUGGUGAUGCACACGGCAUAAGCGCUUGGAAAUGGGUCACGUUGAUUUGGGGGACCAUCACCAUAGCAGCUAGCAUUGCUUCGUGCAUUUAUUUACCUGACGAUCCCUAUUCCAAGAGAUUUGGACUAUCGGCCGAGCAAGAAGAUAUUGUGGAUGCACGCGUGAGUGAAAACGCCAUGGUGCGCGACACUCAAAUCCAUUGGUCCCAUAUACAAGAAGCAUUGAGCGAACCCCGAUACUACUGUCAAGCAGUGAUUGCGUUUCUCGUCAGUAUGCCAAUGGGCUGCAUUGGUGACUUUAGCGCCCAAAUCAUCCAAGAAAUGGGAUUUAAUGGUCCAAAAUCUGUUGCAUUGAAUCUUCCACGCGGCAUCUAUGAUAUCCUGACAUACGUCUUUUAUGCACGCCAAGUUUUAAAAUCCCGGUUACGGAACCAUAUCGCCUACACCGUUACUGGCUUCUCGUUUAUUCCAUUGAUCGGCAUGAUCAUCUUGGCAGUUUGCUCUUCUCUGAAUGCUACAACGGGGAAAAUGGUGGGUCUGGUCUUCUCGCCGACGAAUUUCGCCACUGCCGGUACGCAAGCCUUGAUUUCUAGCAACGUCUCUGGCUAUACCAAAGCCAUCUUUUAUAUUGUCACCAAUGUGUUUGCCAUCAACCUGGGACAUUUCAUCGGUCCCAUAUUGCUGCGUCGUUAUGGCAAGGAUGAUCCAUAUGGCGAUGGUGAUCCCACCGCAGCAAUUCCUAUCAUGAUCAUGUUUAUUUUCGCCGAGCUUGUGUCGAUCUGUUUGUUGUAUUAUAUUGGACGGAGCUUGUAUCGCGAUCGAGACAAUCGUUUGGCAGCACAAGACGAGGUGGCAUUGGAUAGCGGCUGGAAUAAUGACAGCACCGAGAGUAUUGUCAAGAAGAAACGUGCCAGUUUUGUUACUACCGGUAACAGUACUACUGAUGGUCAUGGUUUCAUAAACCUGACAGAUGUUCAUGACAUUCAAUUUAUGUAUAGACCCUAAACCCUUUUUUGUACUUUCUACCACACUAAUCUUUUAAUUCCCCUUCCCUCGCAACUACUACUUCUACUACUACUACUACCGUUCGUACAGCUUAUACUUGUAUUCCUUUCUAACCAUAAGAGUUCUGCAAUCUUCCUUCCGCCCUCCUCCUCCUCAUCAUCAUCAUCAUCAUCAUCAGCGUCAUCCGUCAUCUUCAACCGUGCAUAUAUCCAUCAUUCGUAACUAUAUAUAUAAAUACAAAGAGCAUUCUUCUAUUCUAACACACAGAGUGUUGCUAUAGUAUUAGCGCUA